AUGCCGACACGCCAAGAUGCGCGAUCCCUUUGGGACUCGAUGGACGGUCGAUUUUUUUCGCUGGACGACCCUGACGCCAGCAGUGAUGCUGCCGUGCGUCCGGGCAUUGCCGUUCAGUCCGCGGGGGCUUCUCAAAAUGCGACCGCAAGUGCAGCAGGACCGGCAGCGGACGGGCCCGUAGAUGCCAGCAUACAGGAUGAUACAUCCCUGGCACUCUCGAAUUGGACUUCAUCUGGGUAUUCCAAUGGCUCGCGAGAGAAUGGUUUCGGCACGCUUUCCGCAAGGCAUCAAGAAUUGCUGGAAGAAAAGGUGCGCCAGCUCAAGCAAAAGGAACGUAGUGUCGGGCGAAGAAAAGCUCGUCGGCAGGAGAACACACGCAUGGCUUCCAAUCCACACGUAGCGAAACCGACGAUGGCUGACUACCGCAUACCGCACUCAUCCAACCCGGUCUCGUCGACCUUCACCGCGCCGAUCCCAGAGGAGCUGCGGAUACCAGGCGAGGGCCACCUCCUCGACCAUGUACGUCCGGAGAAACCCGCGACGUCCUCCACGUCUGCUGCGCUAGGCAAGUACUCGCUGAGCCUCCGCGACGCGCGGCGCAUCCUUGACGAGCGCGCCUCGCUUGCAUAUAAACACUUGCCGCCGACACGCGAAGCGUGGAGAGCCGAUCCGAUGCAGGAAGCUGCGGCAGCAAGGCCAUCCUCGCGCUCGGUGCCGUUGGACAUCAUCGACGAAGUUGAGGACGAUGCUGAAGGUGGCGCAGACGCCGCACAGCGCAAUCCAGACCAUGGCCCGCUGCAAAGGGUCCUGAUCAAGGCGGCGAGGGAGAUAGCGGAGUGGACUGACAGCUUGGUGGUAGAUGUCAAACUCCCAAAGCCGGCAGAAUCUGUUACGGACCUCCGAGCAGCAGCGGUGGAGCAGCUGCAGGCUUCCAGCAGCGCAGCUCAGCGCCAAUCGGCCAACUCGGCAUCUCGUCCACUAGGCGAAGAAGGUGCAAUAGACGCCGAUCCAGAUGCAGGCGCUGACAUCACCAUCACACCAGAAACGUACGACGCGGAACCAUCGCUAGAGCUAGAACCAGACGGCUUUUGGGUGGAGGUGGAGCGUACGCAGGCGUAUAUGUGUUGGAUCGUCGAGGAUGCAUUCGAUCGACUGAUGCUGCAUUGCCUCGCAAGAAUUUACGGGUGUAGCAGUUUCAGCUGCAAUGAGCGAUGGAAGCGUUACAUUGGUCAACCGCCGGCGCCUGCAGGGGCGAAUCGUGCUGGCGACCACCGAGAGGGGAUGUGGCACCAAAAGCGGGAGAAAGAGGAAAGCAUUCGCUGCACAUAUAUCGUUAACCCCCGCCGCGGGACGGGCGCGCGCAACAAGUUGCUGGCUGCCGGAUGGAACCCAAACAAGCCAGGCUCCAGAUCAAAGAGAAGAAAGCGCAAAGGUAGCAUCGCUUCUUCCUCGGGUGAUACGAGCGCCGCUGGCUACGGUGAUGGCUACAGAUACGGUGACCGGUCGUCGUCCGUUGAUACCGGCUUCGACACGGACCUCUCUGUUGACGGAUAUUCCAUAUCGGACUUUGACACUGCUGCCAGUGAAUCGUUUGAUAUUGCGUAG